UAGAGCUAACCGCGACUUGGAGCCAUGUCUUUCUCAAAGAAAAAAACAUUCAAUUACGAGGAACUCAGUUUAAUAGAAUUACUGUUUUUUCGCUCCAUUAGAUACAUACAACUAAGCCAGACAACACUGCGGGGAUAGAUAGACUUGCAUUUUAACUUGGAAUGUUAUCGAAACAAUAUUUAGUCGCAUACUGUGAAUGCGACGUUCCGAUGCGAUACGUCAAAUCGCGUGUAGUAAAUCGUGUUGUUAUCGCACUGUGUGAAAGUGGCUUUAUUCAGCAUAAAAGUAUAAUAAGAACAGUACAACAGAAGCAUUGGUAAACAUCCUUAACGAAUGCAGCAAAAAACCUAAAUCAGGUCGUCCAAGGCCAUUGUAGAAAGUUCUUCCUUAUCGAGUCAUGGCAGAUGUUUUAUCUGUUGCUCUUGUUUUUGUUCAGUUUUCGGGUGACCGUGACCGCGCCGCGAUUGGAGUGUUGUGGUGACGAGUUAUUUAAUAACAAUGAUUUGCGUUUAUUUUUAAAGAAGCGACAUAUACCGUAGACACUACUAAAAAUACAAGUAAGCAGUGGAACAAGAAGAAAAAAUAUGUUUUUAAGUAGCUUUAAGGUUAUAAUUUUAAAAAAGUAAAAAGAAACCGGUAAACAAAUAUUAAUUCCAAUAUUCAGUUACUCAGUUAUUUGCAGCAACUAAUAGUAGAGAUUAAUUUACAAUUCAAAUCUGUAAUGAAGAAAGUGGGCUACAUUUUCGAUGAACACUUGUUACUUACGUGCAACCGUUUACCUGUUAUACGAGAGAGGGCAUCUGUAGUUCAAGAUUUAAUUGAUUCAUAUGAGUUACUUUUUUGCGAAAACAUUACUGCAUAUUCAAGUGUAAAAGCUACAGAAGAAGAAUUGAAAGAAUUUCAUUCAUCAGCAUAUAUUGAAUUUUUGAAGAACAGCAAUGAUAAAGAAGAUUUAGAGUUACUGGAAGAAGAAGCCGGUGAAUUUGGUUUAACAUAUGACUGUCACUUGUUGGAGAAAAAUUAUGAAUUUGUGCAGGUUAUUGCUGGAGGCAGCUUAACUGCUGCUAAUCUGCUAAUUAAAGAAUGUUGUGAUAUUGCAAUAAAUUGGUUUGGUGGUUGGCAUCACUCUCAGAGGGAUGCCGCUGAAGGUUUCUGCUAUGUAAAUGAUGUUGUACUUGCCAUACAAAGACUAUACAAGAAGUAUAAUAGAAUUUUGUAUAUUGAUUUGGAUGUACAUCAUGGAAACGGUGUACAGAAUGCAUUUGAAUUUAGUAAAAAAAUUUUAACAUUGUCUUUUCAUAAAUGGGCACCUGGCUUUUAUCCUGGAUCAGGCAAUGUAGAAGAUAGUGGUAGUGGGAGGGGAAAAUAUUAUUCUGUUAAUGUUCCAAUCUGUGAAGGAACAAAUGAUGUAACAUAUUACAGGCUAUUUAACGAGAUUUUUCCAAGAAUUUUACAGAGAUUCCAGCCCCUGGCAGUUGUGGUUCAAUGUGGAGCUGAUGUAAUAAAUGGUGAUCCUAUAGGACAAUGCAAUUUAACUCCAAAAGGAAUGGAAAGGUGCAUCAAGGAUGUUCUAAAAUGUGAUUUGCCUACUCUUUUUCUUGGAGGAGGUGGUUACAAUUUUGAGAAUACAGCAAGAUACUGGUGUUACUUAACUUCUGUGAUAGUGAACGUACCUUUAGAGAAUGAUAUCCCAAGUGUAUCAGAGUAUUUUACAAAUUAUGGUCCUUCUUAUGAAAUUGAUAUAAGUCCAGGUAACAGAAAAGAUCAUAAUACUGAAGAACAUAUUAAUAAUGUUCUUUCAAUAAUUUUAGAAAAUAUUAAUGCUAUCGACAUAGAGUAAACAAUAAUAAUAUAAUACUUUAUUAAAAAUGUUAGGCAUUGUUUGAGGACAUUAUAAAGUUUUCUUUGCAAACAUUUUUGAAACAAAUUUUUAAUCUAUUUCAUUUUGUCAUUGUAUUUAUCUUUACAAAUAAAAUACCUACAUAUUCUGAAACUUCACAUAUA